UGUAUUUCUGCGUAAUGAUGUGUAUUACCGUGUUUGUAGGUACAUGGUCCACAGGUUGCUGCUGGCCGCUCUCGGCAGACGAGAGUUGGACGACAGAGAUCACUACGGCAACAAGAGGCUGGACCUCGCCGGGCCGCUAUUGGCUUUCCUGUUCAGAGGAAUGUUCAAGAACCUGCUGAAGGAGAUCCGGAUUUACGCUCAGAAGUUCAUCGACAGAGGAAAAGACUUCAAUCUGGAGCUCGCCAUCAAGACCCGAAUUAUCUCAGAUGGCCUGAAGUACUCACUGGCUACUGGAAACUGGGGUGAUGUGAAGAAGGCUCACCAGGCCCGAGCUGGAGUGUCACAGGUGUUGAACCGUCUGACCUUCGCCUCCACUUUGUCCCACCUCCGCCGAGUCAACUCUCCCAUCGGCAGAGACGGAAAACUGGCAAAACCCAGACAGCUGCACAACACAUUGUGGGGAAUGGUGUGUCCGGCUGAGACCCCCGAGGGUCACGCUGUGGGUCUGGUGAAGAAUUUGGCCCUCAUGGCCUACAUCUCUGUGGGCUCUCAGCCGUCCCCCAUCCUCGAGUUUCUGGAGGAGUGGAGUAUGGAGAACCUGGAGGAGAUCUCACCUGCUGCCAUUGCAGAUGCCACUAAGAUCUUUGUGAACGGCUGCUGGGUCGGAAUCCACAAAGAUCCCGAACAGCUGAUGAACACGCUGAGGAAACUCCGCAGACAGAUGGACAUCAUCGUGUCCGAGGUGUCGAUGAUCAGAGACAUCAGAGAGCGAGAGAUCAGAAUCUACACAGACGCUGGACGAAUCUGUCGACCGCUGCUGAUUGUCGAGAAACAGAAACUACUGCUGAAAAGACGACACAUUGACCAGCUGAAAGAGAGGGAGUACAACAACUACAGCUGGCAAGACUUGGUGGCGAGUGGUGUGGUGGAGUACAUCGACACUUUGGAGGAGGAAACGGUGAUGCUCGCCAUGACCCCUGAUGACCUCCAGGAGAAGGGCGUGGCCUAUUGCUCCACCUACACGCACUGUGAGAUCCACCCGUCCAUGAUCCUUGGAGUCUGUGCUUCCAUCAUUCCCUUCCCCGACCACAACCAGUCUCCCAGGAACACAUACCAAUCUGCUAUGGGUAAACAGGCCAUGGGCGUCUACAUCACCAACUUCCAUGUGCGAAUGGACACGCUGGCUCAUGUGUUGUACUACCCUCAGAAACCGCUGGUCACAACCCGAUCCAUGGAGUACCUGCGCUUCAGAGAGCUCCCUGCAGGUAUUAACUCCAUUGUGGCAAUUGCCUCAUACACUGGAUACAACCAGGAGGACUCUGUGAUCAUGAACAGGUCAGCAGUGGAUCGAGGUUUCUUCAGGUCGGUUUUCUAUCGGUCCUACAAAGAGCAGGAGUCUAAGAAAGGUUUUGAUCAGGAGGAGAUCUUUGAGAAGCCGACACGUGAAACCUGCCAGGGUAUGAGACACGCCAUUUAUGACAAGCUGGACGAUGAUGGGCUCAUUGCGCCAGGCGUUCGUGUCUCUGGCGAGGAUGUGAUUAUCGGGAAGACAGUGACGCUGCCGGAGAACGACGACGAGCUGGACAGCACCAACCGACGCUACACCAAGAGAGACUGCAGCACCUUUCUGAGGACCAGUGAGACCGGCAUUGUGGACCAGGUGAUGGUGACCCUGAACCAGGAGGGCUACAAGUUCUGCAAGAUCAGGGUUCGCUCGGUCCGGAUUCCUCAAAUCGGAGACAAGUUUGCCAGUCGACACGGACAGAAAGGAACCUGCGGGAUCCAGUACCGACAGGAGGACAUGCCGUUCACAUGCGAGGGAAUUACACCUGACAUCAUCAUCAACCCUCACGCCAUCCCAUCCAGAAUGACAGUCGGCCAUUUGAUCGAGUGUCUGCAGGGCAAGGUUUCUGCAAACAAAGGAGAGAUUGGUGACGCCACACCAUUUAAUGACGCCGUCAACGUGCAGAAAGUGUCAAACCUGCUGUCUGAAUACGGAUACCAUCUGAGAGGAAAUGAGGUUCUCUAUAACGGGUUUACGGGGAGGAAGCUGACGUCUCAGAUCUUCAUCGGUCCGACUUACUAUCAGCGUCUGAAGCACAUGGUGGACGAUAAGAUCCACUCGAGGGCCCGGGGCCCCGUCCAGAUCCUCAACAGGCAGCCAAUGGAGGGACGAUCACGUGAUGGUGGUCUGCGGUUCGGGGAGAUGGAGCGUGACUGUCAGAUCGCUCACGGAGCGGCGCAGUUCCUCAGAGAGCGUCUGUUCGAGGCAUCUGACCCAUAUCAAGUUCACGUAUGUAACCUGUGUGGACUGAUGGCCAUCGCCAACACACGGACGCACACGUACGAGUGCCGAGGCUGCCGCAACAAGACACAGAUCUCUCUGGUCCGCAUGCCGUACGCCUGUAAGCUCCUCUUCCAGGAGUUGAUGUCGAUGAGCAUUGCUCCUCGUAUGAUGACGUCAUAGAGCAGCUUGGCCAAUCAGCAGCAGGAAGUUUGAAGUUUUUGUAGUUUUUUGUCGUCUUUGUUUUUGUAAAAGUAAAAUAAAUCAGAUUUUCUUCUGAUGAUUGUUGGUUA